AUGCCUCCGCGGGCACCGCCGCCGGCGGCGUUCCCGUCCCUGGACGCUUACUACCUCCACCACCUUCGCUCCUGCUCGACGCCGCGCCACGCCGCCGCCGUCCACGCCCACAUCGUCCGUGCCCACCCUUUCCCGUCCCUCUUCCUCCGCAACACGCUCCUCGCCGCGUACUGCCGCCUCGGCGGCCCCGCGCGCCGCCUGCUCGACGAAAUGCCCCGCGCUAACGCCGUCUCCUUUAACCUCCUCAUCGACGCCUAUUCCCGCGCUGGACAGACUGAGGUCUCCCUGGCGACCUUCGCGCGCGCGCGCCGUGCCCCCGGCGUCAGGGCCGACCGGUUCACGUACGCGGCCGCGCUCGCCGCGUGCUCGCGGGCCGGGCGCCUGAGGGAGGGCAAGGCCGUGCACGCGCUGGCCGUCCUCGAGGGGCUCGCCGGGGGCGUGUUCGUCUCCAACUCGCUCGUCAGCAUGUAUGCCAGGUGCGGCGACAUGGGACAGGCGAGGCGGGUGUUUGACGCCGCCGAGGAGCGGGACGACGUCUCGUGGAACGCGCUGGUCUCUGGCUAUGUGCGCACUGGUGCGCACGAUGAGAUGUUGAGGGUGUUUGCUCUGAUGCGCCGUUCUGGGAUGGGCUUGAAUUCUUUUGCUCUUGGCAGUGUCAUCAAGUGUUGCGCUGGCAGCGAUAACUCUGUGAGGGAUAUUGCCGCGACGGUUCAUGGAUGCGUGGUGAAGGCUGGGUCGGACUCUGACGUGUUUCUUGCGAGCGCGAUGGUUGACAUGUAUGCGAAGAAAGGUGCAUUGAGUGAAGCUGUUGCGCUCUUCAAGUCAGUGCUUGAUCCCAAUGUGGUUGUGUUCAAUGCCAUGAUUGCGGGGCUGUGUCGUGAUGAGGCUGCUGUCGGUAUGGAUGUCCUUAGAGAAGCGUUAAGUCUGUAUUCAGAGGUGCAGAGUCGAGGAAUGGAGCCUACCGAGUUCACAUUCUCCAGUGUCAUACGAGCUUGUAACUUGGCAGGUGACAUUGAAUUCGGAAAACAGAUACAUGGACAAGUACUGAAGCAUUGUUUCCAGGGAGAUGACUUCAUUGGGAGUGCACUGAUUGACUUGUACUUCAACUCUGGCUAUAUCGAAGAUGGGUUCAGGUGUUUCAGAUCUGUUCCGAAACAAGAUGUCGUCACGUGGACAGCGAUGAUUUCAGGGUGUGUUCAAAAUGAGCUUUUCGAGAGGGCACUGACCUUGUUCCAUGAAUUAUUGGCUGCUGGACUGAAACCUGACCCUUUCACUAUAUCGAUAGUGAUGAAUGCUUGUGCCAGUUUGGCUGUUGCAAGGACUGGUGAGCAGAUUCAGUGCUUUGCCACAAAAUCUGGUUUUGGUCGGUUCACUGCCAUGGGAAAUUCCUGCAUACAUAUGUAUGCUAGAUCAGGGGAUGUGGAUGCUGCAGUCCGGAGGUUUCAGGAGAUGGAAUUACACGAUGUUGUGUCUUGGUCUGCUGUAAUAUCAAGCCAUGCACAGCAUGGCUGUGCUAGGGAGGCUUUACGUUUUUUCAGUGAAAUGGUAGAUGCAAAGGUGGUGCCAAAUGAGAUUACCUUUCUCGGUGUCCUUACUGCAUGUAGCCAUGGAGGAUUGGUUGAUGAGGGACUCAGGUAUUAUGAAAUCAUGAAAAAUGAGUAUGCAUUGAGUCCAACCAUAAAGCAUUGCACAUGUGUUGUUGAUCUCCUUGGCCGAGCUGGGAGACUAGCUGAUGCUGAGGCUUUUAUAAGGGAUUCAAUCUCCCAUGAUGAACCUGUCAUCUGGCGGUCUUUGCUAGCAUCAUGUCGUAUCCAUCGAGACAUGGAGAGAGGUCAACUUGUUGCAGAUAGGAUAAUGGAACUACAACCCGGUUCCUCAGCAUCCUAUGUAAAUCUCUACAACAUUUACCUGGAUGCUGGGGAGCUCUCGUUAGCUUCAAAAAUUAGAGAUGUGAUGAAAGAGCGAGGUGUGAAGAAAGAACCUGGUCUGAGUUGGAUUGAACUAAGGUCCGGGGUUCACUCUUUUGUUGCCGGUGACAAGUGCCAUCCAGAGAGCAACACAAUAUAUGCGAAACUGGCAGAGAUGCUUUCCAAGAUUGAUAAACCGACAGCCACUGAUGCUUCUGGCACAAAGUCAGAUGACAUCACUAGAAACAAGCAAAGUUGGAUGAAUUGGCACAGUGAGAAACUAGCUGUGGCAUUAGGAUUGAUUCAUUUACCACAGUCAGCACCUAUACGAGUAAUGAAGAACCUGAGAGUCUGCCGUGACUGCCAUUUAGCUAUGAAAUUGAUAUCGAAGAGUGAAAAGAGGGAAAUAAUCUUGAGAGAUGCUAUUCGUUUCCAUCACUUCAGAGAUGGCUCAUGUUCUUGUGCGGAUUACUGGUAG